GAUUUGUCAGUAAAUAUAUCUACGAUUCAAAAUUUUUAAGUGUAUAAAAAAUGAUCAAAUAACUUUAAACAUUAUGCCUUUAAAAACAACUAUUAAUUCGUACGGCCUAAAGAGCAAAUAACUAAAACAAUACAUUUUAAAAGUUAUUUAUUUAAAUCAUGUCACAGAUGUGAAAGUAGCAAAAUUUUUAGCAAAGCGACUACUAUUAUAAUAAUAAAUAUGGGAAAAACAAGCAAAGUAGUCGUAUGUGGAAUGAAAGGCGUUGGUAAAACUGCAGUUUUAGAGCAGCUUAUAUACGGAAAUGUUAAUUUAAAAUCAUCUUUCUACCCGACAAUUGAAGACAUAUACGUUGCUAAUAUAGAAACUGACCGUGGGACUAAGGAACGCGUAUGUUUCUAUGAUACCGCGGGCCUGGAGCCUCCUCUUACAGGCGAGUUGAAAGGUCCACCACAAUCACCGACGAUGCAGUUAACAGCCAAUCAAGUUUUGCAGCGUCACUACCUUGGAUUUGCAGAGGGUUUUGUCAUGGUAUAUGACACUACCCAGCCGGAAUCGCUUGAUGUAUUGAUGUAUUUGAAAAAGGAUAUUGAUAGAAAUAAGGAUAAAAAGGAGGUAGUGAUGCUAGUCAUCGGCAACAGAACAGGUCCUGAUGACAUCAAUAGCCUCGAGAAUACCUGCUCGAAAGCGGCUAACUGGUGUGCCAGAGAGAAAAUUCGGCAUUUCGAGGUAUCCGCCAUGGACCGUCCGUCCCUAUAUGAGCCUUUUAUAUUUAUGACCACGAAGUUGAACCCUGUACAGAAUAAAACAGCCUUUCCUCAACUUUCAACUCUUAGUAAGUUAACUCAGAAAAAUAAUCGCAGCGAUGCAAUGUAACAUUACGUUUUUAAUCUAUGCCCCUUCUGUUAUCAGCCUUGAGGUUCUGAUCGCUGGCAACAUUGGAAACGUUGUCAUUAUAUAUGCAAAGGGUGCAUUUUGAAAUAUUUCAACCAAUAUUUUUGGAUAUCCCAAAAAAAAACUAUUAAAUAUUUCAUUUUAUCCCAAAAAAACGGUGAUGUUGAUGAAAUGGAAAUUAAAAAAAUAAUAAUUAUUACAUCAAUAAGACAAAUUGCGGAAUUCUUUGUAUGUCGUUUAGUAUUUGCACUGGAAACAUUUACAAUGUUUGAACGAAAUCACCCUUUGUGUACAGCUGCGGAAGGAACCUAAGGAUAUUCGUUCCAAGUCAUACCAUUGCAUUGCUUUAAAAAAAAAUGACUAGCUUUAAGCCUUUCAUACGACCACAUGUUAUCUGCCAAUUCUGUCUCAGUAGUUUUUACCGAUCAAUAGUCUGCACAACACAGGUUUAAAGAUUAUUUUUUUUAUAAGCACCUUUAAAAAUCUUCAUGAUGAAUUAUCUUUUAAUAUAGAAUUUAACUCUUAAAAGAGUGGUUUUCUGGCAGCCGCGAUAAGAUAUGAUUUUUGUUAAUUAUCAUAUUGGACUUAUGUUCUAUUUCCAUUGUCUCCGAAAAAAAAACAAAACAAAAAUAGAAGGUUAAUAUAAUUGACAUAUGUGUUUCGCGCCAAAAUAUAUUAAAGUUGAAGAUAGAAAUAUUAGUCAAUUCUGAAGACAUUAAUUAUUAGUUCUUUUUAAACACCUCAUAAUCAACCAUAUUUGGUUAUAGAUUUUAAUUUAUUAAGACUUAUUAGAGGUUCUGUAUUCAUAUAUGCUUUAAAAUAAACAUUGUAUUAAAGAAUCUCAUGUAUAAUCAUUGUAUUAUCUAUGGUACAGCAAUGACAUUUUAUUUUAUUAGUCUCACUCUUAAAUACUUAAAUAUUUAUGUACUUAAUUUAUAAAUAACUUAUUGUAUACAAAGUACUUUUUUAAUGGUAUAAGGACAGUGAAUUUGAUGAAACCAUAGACAAUUGUAGAUGUAGUUUGCUUAUGUAUGGUAUGAGGGAUUUUUUUUAUUCAGUAUUAUUUUCUUAUUAUUUGCAAUUUAUCGUUAAAAAUACGAAAUAACUUUUGUAAUACCA